GGGCCGCGCGCAGAAGCAUGGAGGAGACGAAAUCCAAUACGCGGGGGCCCGCCGUUCGGCAACAUAAUGAGGCAGGCGCGGAAGCCGAGCAGCCCGGCCGAAAAAGAACGCGGCGGGCCGACCCCUCCCCCAUCGCCCGACCCCGCCCGGGCGCGCGCACGUGCGCCCGUAGCGGUUUGGUGUGUCGGAAGCCCCCUGCCUGGCCCGGGGCUUUUAUUUCUACCCAGUCCGCCCGGCUGUGUGGCGGGCCGGCCGCCCGGCUACUUUCUUCUGAUGGGGUCGCCCAGGGGGCGCACCCUGCCGCGCCUAGAAUCUGCGCGAGCGUGCGAGAUUGAUUUAUACGGCGGCGCCCCGAUUUGUAUGCGGUUUUCGUGUGUGGCGCAUGUCAGUGCGCCGUGGGUGGCGCGAGUCAGUCUUUCUAUCUGCCCGCGCGUGUAAACUCGAUCAGGGCGCCUGAUGUUGCCCGCGUUGCCUGUAUAGCAAACAAAGAACAGGCGCAUGCCGCUGCGCCCGGCUCUGUUGGUGGCGGCCGGGGCACAGGCCCCAGGCAGCCGUGAGUAUGCUUGCCUGCCGCUGCACAGAGUUCUAGGUAGUGCAGUGUAGACCUC